GAACUGGACUGAAGAUCAGUGGCAACAGAUCUGAUGGAGUGAUGAAUCCAAAAUAUUUGGUAAAAUUGUCAUAAAUAUGUAUGGAGGUGGUCAGAAGAGAGUCCCUACAGUGAGAGUCCACAGCCAUCUGUAAAACACGGAGGAGGCUCUGUCAUGGUUUGGAGCUGCUACUUAAAGAAAUGGCAAGAAAACUUUGUCUUUAGUGUUGAAGAAUAAAGGUGGUCAUGGCUGGUUAAAACUAUACAAACUCUGUCUUUGCCUUAUGUACCAUAUUUCCAUAUUUCCAUAAGCUGUUGCACUCAUUUCCCUUUUUCCUUUAAAAAUAUGAGAAAUGCGGCGGUUGCUCAAGACUUUCCGACUCUGUAUUGUGUGUUUAGCUACUUAAAAUCCAAGCUUUUCUCUGAUGUACUUACCCAUAUUUAAGCCCUUAAUAUUCAUUAGCAUGAAUGUAGUCCAAGACUUAUCAAAUAUAGACUUUGUCAAAGCACCUCUUGAUUCAAAACUCUUUCAAGAUAACAAUACCACAUCACCAGCAACAAGAAGAGCUUUUCUGUCAUCUUUAUGGGGUCGUACCUGUUAGACCACCAUGUGCUGCACAGCUUCCAUUAUAAGAGUCCCACACAAAGUAUUUGAAAGCUCAUAUGUAUUAUAUUUCAUUCAAAGGAUGCUGAUGUUUAUAAAAUGAGCUCAUGCUCAAAACAAAAAGUUUUAUUGUUCCUCGUGAACUUCAAUUACUGAAGCAAGGAUGACCUCGUCACACAGUUUCACAUACAGCUGCAUCAAUAGUUAAGCCUCAGGGAGUAUUGUGGCCACCCUCUGCCUCUUACCCUCUUUCUAAUUCAACAGCUGCUGCUUGGCUCUUUGGCUCUGCCAGUUUCCCGAACAUUCGUUAAGCUUGGCACUAGACUAAAAGAAAUUGUGUUUUCCGUCCAUGUUUGGGGACAACUAAGAGAAUGAGUAGCAUGGCAAUGAGGUGUAGUUGUUACUGCAACCAAAAGCAGCAACAUAUUGGGAGCAUUAGCCAUAGGAUGCCAGAGCAAUGGGAAAGGAUUUCAGGGUGAGCACAUUUCCAAAAAACCUCAAAUUUAGAUGCAGAGAAAGAGUGUCAAGGACACAUCAGCAACUUCCAAGACGCCUGACGCAAGUCAAAAGGAGGACAGGUGCUUCUGAAGAGCCGAACUCUGAGACUGAAAAGCACAAGUCAGAUGUUAGACACUUCAGUGUUUCCAAAGCACACAUGAAAGCACGCUGAGGCUGUUCACCCAUGGGAGACCGUUACACGCGAAGAUCAAAACAGCAUUUGGCACGGGCAGAUGGAUGAUGCUGCUGAUCCCUCGCUCCGGAGGCGUGGAGUGACAGAUGACAGAGGUUUUGGUACAGCAGGAGGGAGAGCCAAAGAGAGAGGCGACGACGGAGAGACUCGCCACUGCUGAUAACCGAGAGAACAGAAAAGGUCAAGCACAUCGAUUGGGAGGUGAGGUAGAAUUCGCCCUCACCAUCAUCUCGGAUAAACACCUCAGAUAUGUCCGUUCACAACAGCAAGGUUCAAAGCUGAAUGCAGAUACUGAAACCGACUGACACCCUGUGGCAAACGGACUACAGCGAUUGGGUGGACAGAGGACGAUGGUGGCCCGGAGCCAUGGAUAUGAGUCAUCCAAUUUCCAGCUCUAAAUUAAAAACUCUUAAAGUCUCACUUCCACUUGGAUGUAGAUGUGGCUGAACACCAAAAAGCAACUCGGGACAGUUUUGCUCAGCAUAUACCUUGAGAACUCCCUGGCAAUGAUUUGUUGGCCAGUAAUGGGAGAUACAAGCCUAACAGAACAAUUUGAGGCUGUUUGGAGCUAGCAAGAUUUAUUAAAACACAAUAAUAAAACCAAGAGCCCUUGUAGCUGCUUCUUCCCUAUCCCCCUGCCCCAGCUUCCCUGUCAUUCACAAUCCCCCAGAUUUCUCCCUUUCUUGCUUUCUUCCCAUCCCAUCUGAUCAACUCUUAGGUGAUAUCCUUCAGAGAAGUGUCCCUUAAUUUUGAGUGCAGCUUCUUCUUCUGUAUGCUUCUGAAGCAGAUUGUCCAAUCUCCAGUAAUCUCUCUUUGAAAUGGGUGGCCCAGCAAGGGCUCUUCUUGGUGGGUUUGGGACAACCACAUCCUCCUUGGAGGUCGGGAGUCGAAUGGCUUGGCCGAGCAACAACCCCUUAGAUCUCAAUCAAACCCUCCCAUGGGGGAUAGGAAUUGGAAGCAGCAGCGGAGGUGGUGGUGCUUCCGGCAUGAGUUUAGGUCUGGAUAAUUUAACAACCCAGGAGUCUGUGAGCAGGGCGGUUAUCAAAGAGAAGAACUGGCCAGCACUGCUCAUACUCGUCAUCAUUGCGCUGACGAUCGGCGGAAACAUUCUGGUCAUCCUCGCGGUGUCGCUGGAAAAGAAGCUCCAGAAUGCCACCAACUUCUUUCUGAGGUCACUGGCUGUAGCGGACAUGCUCGUAGGGAUCCUGGUUAUGCCAAUCUCUCUUAUCAACAUCCUCUAUGACUACGCCUGGCCCCUCCCCAGCGCUCUGUGUCCGAUCUGGAUCUACCUGGACGUGCUGUUCUCCACUGCCUCCAUCAUGCACCUCUGCGCCAUCUCCCUCGACCGAUACGUCGCCAUCCGCAACCCUAUAGAGCAUAGCCGCUUCAACUCUAGAACCAAAGCCAUGAUGAAGAUCGCUGCAGUGUGGACCAUAUCUAUAGGCGUGUCAAUGCCCAUUCCAGUGAUUGGCCUGCACAACAAGGACAAGGUCUUCGUCAACGGCAGCUGUGUCCUCAACGAGGAGCGCUUCGUGCUGAUUGGCUCCUUUGUGGCCUUUUUCAUCCCGCUCGUAAUCAUGGUGGUGACAUACUGCCUCACCAUACAGGUGCUUCAGAGGCAGGCCACAGUCUUCCUGUAUGAGGCAAAGACUUCUUCCCAGCAGCCUUUGCACACACCAGCAAUGGGAAAUACAUUGCAGCCUCCACCCAGCACCUUCCACCUUCCUCAGAUCAAUACACUUGCUCCUCCAGACUCACAAGAGUUGAAGGUCCCGCCUCCUCAAAGCAGACGAAACACCUUGAGCUGCCUGAAGGGCACAGAGCCCAGCAUUCUGCUCAGCGCCUCCACCUCAGAUAGCAUCAGCAUCAUUCCCAGCUCUGAGGUGGCGUCCCAGCUCAGCUCGCCGGCAGCUGGACCGGGCCGGAGCGAUGCGUCAAGUCACGGUCGCCGGGGGAUGAUGCAGGCCAUAAAAAAUGAGAGACGGGCCUCAAAGGUUCUAGGAAUCGUCUUUUUCCUCUUCCUCAUCAUGUGGUGUCCCUUCUUUAUCACCAACGUCACCUUCGUCUUGUGCAGCAACUCCUGCAACGAGUCACUGCUCCACGACCUCCUCAACGUCUUCGUCUGGGUGGGUUACAUCUCCUCUGGAGUCAACCCUCUGGUCUACACCCUCUUCAAUAAGACCUACAGGAGAGCGUUCUCCAGCUACAUCAGGUGCCAGUACAAAGUCGGGGCCAACGCAGCCAGCCAGGGUUGCAAAACCCUCCUCGUCCCACCGCCAUGCCCUUCACACGCCGUGACUCCUCUUCUUAUAGGCGAUCACGGGAAGGCAGGUGUGGACCGCAACAGUAACUGUCGCAAUGGCGGUAGGGGGGAUAACGGGAGGCUCGCAGUGGACCCGGAGGACACGACGGACGAUGGGACGCAAUUCGGAAUAACCUCGCAGAGCAUUUCGGAGUGCCAGAACAUUUGCAUGCUUUCAGAAACAGAGCCGGAAACGGAGCUUGAGCCGGAGCUGGAGCCGGAGCUGUCACUCAUCAGCUACAGCCCUGCCCCGAGAGAACACACAAGCAGCGUGUGACUGUGUGCAUCCGGUCAGUUUUAGUCUUCUGCAACCUGCAGAUGCUGUUCCAAGCAGGGCUGGUGCUUGGACACGACAGCUUUUCUACUGGUUUCAACUGUAGUGAGGACUCUUACUGGGAAAAGGACUAGUCUCUGCUGACAAGCCUUUUUCUCCGUACUAUGUCCAUCAAUGUGGAAAGAAACCGGAAGAGUUAAUAUUUCGGGUUGGAAAGGUAGAAUGAAAACCAAUAUUUCCAGUGUGCUCGUUUUGUAAAUGUUGGCUUUCAUAACAUUAAUAGAAAACAAAGGCAUCCACCAGGCCUUUACCUAUACAUCUAAGCACUCAUCAGUGGCAAGAUGUGGGGGCUCCUCAUGGCAUUGACAAUACCAGCUGAGAUCCACUGAAAGGGAUGAAGUGAAGAGGUCGGUGGAGAGCCAGCUCUCGUCAACCUAGCAUUAAGUCAAGUGGCCCUUCACGGAGUCCCACAGACGCAGGUUACAGAGUCAAGCACCAACCGGGAGGCCACUGGGGUCAAACUACGCCUUCAAGCCUUCACACAGAGUCAAAAUGCAGUCCGAGCUCGGGUCCACGUGGAUUCCCUCCACACCAAGCAAACUAAACCAAAUAUAUUUUUGUGCCGGUCGAGCUUGACAACAACAGCAGUCCUGAGAGUCAUCUGAAUGAACCUCUCCAGCAUGUUUAAUGAAACUAUUCAGCCGACAGGAGGGGGAUGUUUCUCUGAAGGAAACUGCAGUUGAAGGGUGUCUGAGGGGACCAACAUAAAGGAAUGUACUACCGCUGGUCUCUGGUGGACUCACAGUGCCAUCUAGUGGUCACAUGACUCAGAGAGGUCGCCUCUUACCCUCCCCCCUUCUCCUUUAUUGGACUGAAUAAGGGGGAUACAAGAGCUAAGAAACAAGGUGCAGGCCUUUAGCUUAACACAGCUGACAGGCUCUGGCUUCUGUUGACCAACAGAAACACUUUGCAAAAUGCUAAAUUCACUACUUCCACAGGUUUUUAACUCAAAGCAACCAAUGAAAUCUUAAAUAAAAGUAAAACAGUCUAAAAGGAAUGCAUUAUAUGUAAUUUUUUUAUGUUAAGUUGAACUCUUUUCAUGUUUACACUCAUUACUCAUUCCCACUCUUUUCUUUAUACAAGCCAAACGGGGAAAUGUAUAUCUUUUGCAUUCAGCCAUUAAAACAAGACUACAGUGUAACGUAGCCUCAUGCAAAUAAAUGAAAAGUUUGAGUCAAAGCAGGUUUGAUUUUUGAUUGAUUUGCCACAACUUAUAUGUGACUUUAAUCUUGACUAUAUCCCAAACUAAUGAGCAUGCAUAUCAUAUUAUCAGGUUGCGCAUCAGGAUUUUCAUAUCAUCUACAAGCACAAAUCUUCGCAAUUUGAUAUUCUGGGCAUCUGUGAAGGACACAUCCUUGAAUUGAAAAGAACCUCUGUGUCAUCUACUUUAAAAAAGAAAAGAAUGAGGGAUUUGUAUUCAAGGACAGUUAUUAAUUUAGUCCCGUUUCAGUCAUUCUGCAGGCUAAAACCUGCUUGAAGGGUAGAGUGAAAGCCAAAAAAGGAAGAAGUGAAAGAACACUAAUGGCUUUGUUUGCAUAUAAAUCAACAAAUUUUAGUAAUAAUCGAAGAAUUACACUGAAACUAAAGCUCCAAUGAUGGUUUGCUUGGCAGUGUUUCAACCCUGCACUGAGUCAGACUCUCUGAUCUGCUACAGCUUCACAGUAACUCACAGUUAAGACCAAGUAGCUUUAGAUUUCAUCCGUGAGACGGACAGAAAGUCGAUACCCUAAGAGACAAAGUCCCCAACACUCAGAGCCCUGUCACUCUGACUCCACCUCUCUCACUCCCACUUUCCCUCCUCCCACAUUUUUAUUGACAUCUGACAAGACGGCAUGCUUCAUCCACUCUGGAUGAAAUACCUGCAGUUUGAUUUUCUCAUGAACAAAUUCACAAAUUUAUCCGAGAUAACAGAGGACAUCAUGAGGUAGUUCUAAUCGGCCCGAUUCUAAUUCCUGCUAGAAAUACCUCAGCUUUUAGUUUUUACUGUCAAGGCAUUCACAUUUAACGAACUAUCCAUUUACAAAAUCGAUGAAGAACAGCCUGAGAUGGCCUGAAAAAGGAACUAGAUCUUCAAAAAUAUGUCUUAGUUCUGGUCGACCGUCACCGCAAAGAAAUCCCAGGGUCAUAAAUCAAACAAAAGACACAGCUCACUGGUUUUACAAACUUGGUUUGGUGUGACAGACCAUUAAUAACAUCUUUGUCAGGAAGAAAUAAUCAGCAGUUUGUCCAGUCGCUCUCAUGGCAGUUUGUAAAACUUCGUGUUAAAGACAAAAAUUCCUUCUCUGCACCCUGAACGUUGUUCAAAAACACUCGGCCAACCAGGAUGGGAUCCAUUUGCUGGGACGAUUCUGGACAACACCCCUAAUGUAGACUAUAUAAUCUUAAGUCAAAGACGCAGUCAAAGAUGCAGAUAGGUAAUACAGCACUCUGCUAGCUUUACAAACCUGCUUGUUUUUAUUGAUCCAAUGUGUCCUGUGGAAGUAAAAUACCCAAAAUGCUGGAUGGAAAACUUGUUUUAAAACAGCAAAGACUAAGUAUCUGCAACACUCCGCCUUACAAAAGAUAUAAUACUGUGUGGAGUUUGAAGGUCAAGUUCAUGCUUUUCAUCAAGAACUUCGCCUCUUAGAAGAUAAGAUAUGAAUGUAUAAAGAAGAUUUAACCUUAAAUUAAAAGUUGGGCUAAAUUUACUGGAGUUUUUCAAAGUAAAACAAAAUCACAGCGCUUCUCCAUAAAAGAAAACAAUACUAGAAAGAUGGCUAUUUAGUAGAAAAAAAGACCCUUAAAAUGAAAGAUGAAUACUUUGCAUUAUUGGAAAAUCUCUUUCCAUCCACUGUUUCCACUUUAUUGACCAGUCUUUGUUCAAUCUGCCUCGUUUUUCUAAACGAAUACUUUCUAAAACAUAAUAUCUCUGACUGGCUCACACUUAAUGACUACUUUUGUAUAGUAGAUGGCAGUUUCUCUAGAAAUCAAUAUUUGAUGUUCUUAAUAUUCGCCUCAAGCAUAUAAAAACACUAAGAACUUACAAACACUUGAAUGUUUAUUGCCCAUAAUCUCCCCUAUGCCCUUCAAAAUCAAAGAGUAAAAGGUCAAAGCCUUCAAUGUGAUCAAUCGAACCUAGAGCCUGAGGUCUGCAGCCACCUCUGCAUGCAAUUAGAAUGAACCAUAAUAGUUCCCUUUGUUCUAAUUCUAUGCGCCUCUGUAUAAUUUAUCCACUAUUUGUAUGCUACAGACUUACCCAGUGGGCAUUGGCACCACUUUUGUCUCCACAAGGAGAGAUCUACAUGAGCUAAUGUUGGCAAGCCAACAAUGAGGUUUGACCCACGAAUAUCAUGCAUGUUUAAAGUGUUGUUCAAAAGGUCCUCUCUGCCUCACUUAGGUUUUUGCUUUCUUGUGAAGUACAGGAAAGAAAUAAAGAACAAACACAGGGCAAUCAACAAAACGCACCAUCCAAACAGCAUUCGGGCAUUUUAUCCUCAUUGACUUCCCAAUUAUCACAAUAAUAUGUAAACAAGGGGAAAAACAAGAAAAAAAAUAAAAGGAGAAGAGAGGACUCUCUGAACGUGGUUGAAAGGAUUGUGUUCCGGCAUGGAAAGAGCCGCUGCCAGGCCAGCCAACUCACUAUGUCACAAUGUAAUAGCUCUAUGUUUCUCGUGUACCUGUGUGUGUACCGAGCUUGGCUCAAAUUGCAGUCUGAGAUUGAUUCAGAAGCUUUUCUGGGUUUUAUUGAUUGUGUCCAGCACAGUGGACUGAACCGCGAACGUCCCUGCAGGUGCCAGUCCUGUCCGGACAGCUCAAAGCAAUCACUCUGAAAAGAUUUCAGUGAAAUUCGAUCCAGGCCUGGUGUGUAUAGACAUAGCUGGAGCCGUUUUCUGACAGACUUUCUUUUCAGUACAAAGAAAGAGAGAAAGAUUCUUCCCUCUCCGGGAGCUUUUUGGGUUUAUGUUAAAGAUUAAAGGAAAAAUCCCAGAAAUGCUACAGCAGUAUAUAGAAACUCAUAAAGGGAUGACAAUGCGCUGUAUCUUGUGUUAGCUGACACAUUUUCUUACCUGGUAUGAAUCAUUUUACAUUUUCAAGGAAUUAUGUGUCUAUACAGAGACUCAAGGAAUGUUCUGACAUUAUGAGAAAUGUGUUUUUUUGCUUUAAUUAUAUGAUCAUUAGCAAAGCCAGGACACUGUUAGCCUAGGCUAGCAUAAACACUGGGAGCAGAGUGAACCUGCUAGCCUUAGCAACACGUCUGAAUAAUACAUAAUCUGUCAUUUAUUAUUUAUUUAAAAAACCCAACAAGUAGAAGUAUUAUAAGAACUUCUUUUGUGGCCACAAAUUGUGAAUUAUAGUUUUGAAAUUUCAAUAGCACUAACUAGCUAGCAAAUAUUAGUUACUCCAUGCUAGCACUUGAAGACAGGUCUGACAUGCUAGUGCUAAUGGGGGUUCAUUUCGUAAUUUUUAUGAUUUUUUUAUGAUGAUUACAUCAGAAUCUCCUCCUUUUGGUAUAAAAUGAUGCACUAUGCCAGGCUUCAUUUUGCUGUAAGUGCAUAUUUUAUAACGCAUUAUGAUUAAAUAGUAUAUUUGAAUAACACCUGGCACAUAAGCCGGGAUUAUACUUUGUAUGUCUGCAAGUAAUUUCAUCAUCAAACAGUGAGUGCAAGGGUCCAUGUGGAUGUCCCUGUGCUUGCAUGCUUUUUGUAACAGCUCUGACUUAUCCGAGGAGAAAUUGCAUGCCAACUAUGUAAGCGCCUCAGGUGGCAGACUUCAAUCAGGAAAGACUACUCAGUCAUCAGGUGUCCACAGUGGAGUAUACUCAAGAGCUUAACCUUUUAACAUCCUCCUGGUCUCCCCCCAGGGUGGGAUUAUGGUUGCAAUACACACACAAUUAAUAAAUUCAUUUUGGCAUUGCAGGUAUUAGUGUUUGCAUUUCUUCCAAAUAGGCAGAAAUUCUAUAGAAAAACUUUGACUUUAACAUAUCCCUAACCCUACUCUCUAGCAUCACCAGAUUUAUUUUCUAACCUUGUUAAAAGGUUAGAAAAUAACAUUUUUUUUAUUUUCCAGCAACUUAUACAUAACAGAAGAUCUAUUCUGUUUGGCAAUGUACCCUGUUCAUCAUGAAGGAGAAGAAAAAGCACUAAAGCCAACCUUAGCAAGCCUUGAUUAUUUAAUAUGAUCCUGAUUCUGUCCGGACUCACUUUGGCCCAGAAAAUAUCAUCCUGACAGUUUUCUGGUGUGAUGUAAGCAUGUAGCAAAAAUAUCCUCUGCGCUUUUACAUCAGUUCUCAAUAUUUCAGUCCAAACAUAACGCUGGACAAGACUUUUGAAAUGCCAACUCAUAUGAGCACAUCCUAUUGUGUAUAUAAAAUCAUAAAAAACAGCAACAAAGUCAAAUGCACAUAUUUCCCAGAAUGUCAUAAUCUUUACUUUUCUAUCUCACGGAAAUAGCAAUAAAUUGCUGCAAUUAAACACAAAAUAAUUCCUGCCAUUUCCGGAUCAUUUGGAAGGAUGUCAAAGGGUGUAAGAGAACCCCAGGAGCUCGCAACAUGUUACAGUUUUCAGAUAAAAAUGCAUUUGCAAAAAUGCUAAUCAGACUUUUCAGCAGAGCUUUUUGAAAGGUACUCUGGUUGAUCUUCCCAAACAUGCAACUCUGUCACUAAACGGCUCAGAAAGUAGCCAGGAUGUUCAAGAGUCUGACAAACCCAGCAACUCUAAAUCCAAUUUCAUUGCAGACGACAUUCGUUCUCGAGCCCCGAAUUUAAACACCCUCUUUGAUGCUGGUUUGCAUCGACACAGAAAUCUGGUUUGUCUCGUUCUUGUAUUAUCCGGCGUUCGUGGGUUUGAACUUUUUAUGCGUUGAACUUUUUUGUGUUAUGUAGUGGAUGUUUGUUUUUUUGUUUUAUUUUA